AUGACUGAACACAACAAUGCUGUGACUGAGCACAGCAACGAGAUUAAUCAUAGCAACAACAUGACUGAACACAACAACACUGUGACUGAGCACAGCGACAACGAGACUGAUCAUAGCAACAACAUGAUUGAACACAACAACGCUGUGACUGAGCACAGCGACAGGCAGUUGGAAGGGGAUCUGGAGACGCUGGCGCUGGUCACCUACUCCUCCCUGUGCCUGUCCAUGCUGGCUCUCCUCCUCACCGUCCUGGUGCUCUCCUGCCUCCGAGGCCUCAAGUCCAACACCAGGAGCAUCCACUCAAACACAGCGGCGGUCAUGUUGCUGUCUGAGCUGGUCUUUCUUCUGGGCGUCAAUCAAACCGAGCAGCAGUUCCUGUGUACAGUUGUUGCCAUCCUGCUGCAUUACUUCUUCAUGUCCACCUUUGCUUGGAUGUUUGUGGAGGGCCUCCACAUUUACCGUAUGCAAACGGAGCAGCGCAACAUCAACUACGGCGCCAUGAGGUUCUACUAUGCCAUCGGCUGGGGCAUCCCUGCCAUCAUCACAGGCUUGGCAGUGGGAUUGGACCCAGAGGGUUAUGGGAACCCAGACUUCUGUUGGAUCUCCAUCAAUGACAAACUUAUCUGGAGCUUUGCUGGUCCCAUCGGCAUCGUCAUACUGCUGAAUGGAGGGAUUUUCACGUUUGUAGCCAAGAUGUCCUGUAACCCCUCUCAAAAGGAGACCAAGAAACUCCCCGUCAUUGCCACCAUUCGCAGUGCCUUCCUGCUGUUGCUGGUCGCGGCCUCCACCUGGCUGUGUGGUCUGAUGGCUGUCAAUAACAGCAUACUGGCUUUCUACUACAUCUUUGAUGUCCUCUGCCUUGUACAGGGUUUGUCCGUAAUGCUGGUGUUCAUCGUAUUCAACUCCGAGGUUCAGGAGGCCUGGAAGGUCACCUGUUCGGGUAAGAAGAGUCCUGGAGAUGACCCACCAAGACCGGUGCAGAACACUGCUCAAAACCCAUAUCACAACACGUCUCUGCUGGAGCAGAGCGGUCUUCACCGCAUCACCCUGGGAACCUCCACCAUCUCCUCCGUCAGCUCUGCCAGAGAAAACCUCUUGGCUCGUCAGACUCUGGAACAAGCCAUCGGCCACACGGGAGCCACAGACCUGGAUGUGGCCAUGUUCCACAGAGACGGAGGUGAGGACUCGGACUCAGACUCGGACCUGUCUAUGGAGGAGGAACGCAGUCUUUCCAUCCCUUCCUCCGAGAGCGAGGACAACGUCCGUCUCCGUGGACGCAUCCAGCGGCGAUUCAAACGCAGCAACCACAGCGAGCGCCUGCUCACGGAGCCCGCCCACAACGGCACCAAAGACCUGGAUGGGAAUGACCUUCUGUCCUAUUGGCCGGCAUUGGAGGAGUGCGACACCAUGCAGAAGUGGGGGUCAGAGCACCCCCUGGGGGUGGAUUACAGCAAGGACGCUGCUAACAACAACCAGUCCGACACAGCGCUGACUAGUGGAGACGAGAAUGGCCCCACAGAACCACACAGACACCGCAAGGGUAUCCUGAAGAACCGCCUCGGCUGUCCACCAACAAUCCAGGGUCUUUCAACCAUGGGCCGGGCCCCCAGUGAGCUUAACUGGUACCGAACGUCGACUCUGGGCCACCAUGAGGUUCCUGCAGCAUCUUAUGGUCGCAUGUACUCGGCCACAGCGAGCGGAGGUACAGGCUCCCUCUCCCAGCCGGCAUCACGCUACUCCUCCCGGGAGCACCUGGACUCGCUGGCCCGGAGGCAGCUGUCCAGGGAUCCGUUAGGGAGGCAAACAGUAGGAGGGUCAAGGGACCGACUGGACUCCCGGGGCUCCAGGGACAACCUGGAUCUCUUACCCAGAAGGAGAGAGCUCGGGCUGGUGCAGGGUGUGGGGCUGGGUGGUUUGGGGUUGGAUCAUCCACGAGUCUCAUUAUCCAGGGAGAACUUGGCAGGUUCCAGAGACAGACUGGACAACCAUCGUAUAGGCAGCGCCCACACCUCUCGAGAGGACUUGAGUGGGAAUGGAGGAGCUGUCGGAGCAGGAUUAGAGGGCUACCUCAGCGGAUCCAGGUCCCAGUUCAACUCACUAACUCGACGACACGCGUCCUCCCGGGACCACCUAGGGGGGACGCUGAUGAGCAGUCGGUCAAGAGAGCAGCUAGAGACCACCGGAGGAGGCGUGGCUUCCGGGGCUCAGCCUUGUCGGGAGUGGCUCCGCUCCCUGCCUCCUCGCCAGCCCUCCCACCCAGACCAGCCUCCCUCCUCCUCCCCGCCGCCCCCCAUCUCAGAGGAGCCUCAGCAAGAGCAGCUCCCCCCACCCACUCACAUUCGGGGACGACUGGACUCUGCACCUUCAUGUAGGUACCCUGCCGCCCAGGGGGCAGCCACACAUCAAAACGCUGUGGGUCGACAGCCAUCCAGUGAGCACUUGGAUAUCCUGUCCUCCAUCCUGGCAUCAUUCAGUUCCAGCACCCUGACUCCGCCCCCUGCUGCCUCUAACCCUGGGCCCGGCAACUCUACUCAUGGACCAUCUCCCUCCCCACCUCACUCUCUCACCUCCCACAGCAUUUCUGAAGUCUCUCCUGACUCAGAAGCCAACAGAAAUGAAGGACAGUCUUGAUGACAGCCUCCAUAUCCCAUUAUGCAUUGCAGCAGUGCUCAGGCCAUUUGGGACCAGGUCAAAGGUCACAGAUGAUCCUGACAUACUGGUGCACUCUGGGACACUGGAGCAGAGGAGACAGAAGUGAGACGAUGAAGGACGGCUCGUUCCGUGUAAACAGUUUGUUUGAUUGUUUGUUUGUUUUAAGAAAUUCCGACUGCCAACGAGCGUCUUUAGAUGCUUCUCUGGACCAGAAUGUCUGCUACCUAAAAUCUCCAACAGCGUCUUCAUGAACUCAAAUAUCAGCCAAUCAAGAUGACUUUAAAAAAAAAAAAAAAACUGUAAAUAACGUUUUGGUUUUGGUUUUUUUUUAUACAAUUUUGUAUCUUUUUCAUUGGCGAUGAAGAAGAAAUUUCUUGUGGCAUUUUCUUUUUUAGGAUUGUGUCUGUGUGCGAGGUCGGGCGGG